UCCCCCAGUGCAUUUUGAGGUGCCUGAAGACCUCAGAACUUUGAGGAGCAGCAGGCAGUGAAAGUGGCUUUCAGCUUGCAGGAGCAUCUUUCAGCUUCUCUCCAGAGAAUUCCUAGUAUUGCACCAGGCUGGGAACAAAAGAGCAGCCCGAACUUAUACAGAGGAAGAAGCAGAAGCUGAGGCAGCAGCAGUUUAACUGAAAUCUGCAAAAAUUCUCUGCUGCAAGAGAAGAGGGGCAAUGUCAUCAGAAGAUGAUGCUGGCGGGGAGGCUCCUGGGGGCAGUUUCUGGGAGGCUGGAAACUACAGGCGGACAGUGAAGCGUGUGGACGAUGGAUACCGGCUCUGCAAUGACUUAAUCUCCUGCUUCCAGGAGCGAGCCAAGAUAGAGAAGAACUAUGCCCAGCAGCUAACAGAGUGGUCCCGCAAGUGGCGGAGCAAUGUGGAGAAGGGUCCCCAGUAUGGCACUCUGGAGAAGGCCUGGCAUGCCUUCCUGACAGCUGCAGACAAGCUCAGUGACAUUCACUUAGAUGUCCGGAACCACCUGGCUGGGGAAGACUCGGAGAAGAUCAAGGCCUGGCAGAAGGAGUCCUACCACAAGCAGAUGAUUGGGGGCUUCAAGGAGACUAAGGAGGCAGAGGAUGGGUUCCGCAAGGCCCAGAAACCCUGGGUGAAAAAGCUGAAAGAUGUGGAGACGUCUAAGAAAAACUACCACGCAGCCCGGAAAGAGGAGAAGACAGCCCACACGCGGGAGAACCACGCCAAGGCAGACCCGUCCGUGUCCCAGGAGCAGCUGCGCAAGCUGCAGGAGCGCGUGGAGCGGUGCGCGCAGGAGGCGGAGAAGUGCAAGGAUCACUAUGAGAAGAUGCUGGAGGAGUUGAACCGCUACAACCCUCGCUACAUGGAGGAUAUGGAGCAAGUGUUUGAGGGCUGCCAGGAAGCAGAGCGCAAGAGACUGUGCUUCUUUAAGGAGAUGUUCCUGAACCUGCACCAGCACCUGAACCUCUCUACCAGUGAAAGCUUCCAGGCACUGUAUCGAGAUCUCUACCAAGUCAUCAUGGCUGCAGACAACCAGGAGGACCUGAAGUGGUGGCGCAACACGCAUGGGCCAGGCAUGGUGAUGAAUUGGCCUCAGUUUGAGGAAUGGUCUCUUGAAACACAGCGGCCGAUCACCAAGAAAGAGAAGAGUGGGAAGAUGGCUGACGAUGUGACGCUGACCAGCAUUUUGCCUACGCGGGACGGGGUUGUCACUCAGACCCCUCUGCAGACGAGGCGAGGGUUUUCCUAUCAAGAGGAGCAGAACAGCAUCUUCUAUGACAGCCUGAGGGCAUCAGCCCAUGUGAACGGAGGGAAGGAAGACAUUUCGGAGUGGUCAGAUGAGGACACUCCCAAGAAAUACUUGGAUACCAAUGGGCAUGAGGAGGACUUAAAGGUACCAGGUGUACGGGUACGAGCGCUGUAUGAUUACACAGGACAGGAGGCUGAUGAGCUGAGCUUUAAAGCAGGAGAAGAACUAAUGAAGAUCAGCGAGGAAGAUGAGCAGGGCUGGUGCAAGGGCCGACUUCUUACAGGCCAGGUUGGACUCUAUCCUGCUAACUACGUUGAGAAAGUUGGCUCAUGAUUGCUGGUGCCCUGUUGGUGUCUCAUACCCAUACUGGCAUCUCCUGCUGAAGUCACUGCUGGAUGGUCCACCUCUGCAGUACAUGCAGUGGCUUCUGGACUCUGACUGAGGGCACGUAUUCCAUGUAACCAAUGCUUCAUUUUAAAUGCCUAGACCUUUAGGGCUUUUCUAAUAAACAAGGAUGAGUAAAGACUGUUCUGCCUGUGAGGACUAUAGGAGUGUAGGGGUAUGGAAAGGAACAGCUCCUCUUGUCCCAUACUUACGUCUUAUGUGCUACAUCUUUUCAUUCACAACAAUGAAAGGAAACUUCCUUGGCUUCAAAGCAUGUUCACUUACUGGGGGUAGGUCUGCCCUGUCCCCAACCUUCCUUUUCAAGGAAACUUCCCUAUGCAGGGCAAGGGGGAAAUCUCUGCUAUUGCAGUAUGGCUUCCUUCCCCUGGACCUGUGUGUGCAUCCCCAUCCAGAUAAUUCAUGGGGAAAACAUUAUGGAAUKAAGAAGUUGCCUGGUUGGGGACAGAGGAAAGAUUUCCCUCUUGCGUGACAGGGCGAGGGCAAAGUCUUGCAGAUCAGGAGUCGACACAAUAUUCCAUGAGAUAGACAAGGCCUUGACACACAGCAAAGGCUAGUAGGGAGAGGUGGCCUCAUCUUGUCCUCUUCUGACUGCAGCGCUAGGCCUUGGGUUUUAUGAUGCUCCUAGGUAAUUUUGUUUGUACCUCUCUUGUGCCUUAAAGGGAAAUGGAACACUGCACAGACACCCUCUUCCUUUUCCUCCAGGUUUUACUUAUUCACAAUAAAAAUGUACUUCACACUUUGGAGAGUGCUACACACCAGUGAAGAGUAAUAGGGUGUAGAGAGUACUGGCUGUGCAGCACUAGCUAUACAGUGUCACCUUUCUUCUCAUCUGACUGUCUUUAGCUAUGCUUAGACCCAGUUAUUCUGAAGUGCCUUUUUUCAGGGAAGACCCACAAAGCUUCUCUGGCCUUUCUUUCUGCCCUUGAAAGGCCUUGAGGCUGCUGAGCCAGGGUUGAGCCCUGACCUUAGUGCUCUGAGUACUCGAACAUAGUCUGUCA